UCUGGGCAUAAGUAUUUAAGUCUUUUUCUUAUUCUUUUCAGAAAAAUUGAAGGAAUCUUCUUGACCUAAGUCAGGUUUGCUGUCGCGUCUGGCUAUCCACGCUUUGACCCCUGGCUUGAUAUAGGGCCGAAGAUUGAGGUUCUCGUGAUGAAUCAAAUCAAAUCACCAUCGUCACGACGUCAUCAUUCAGGUGGCCAUGGAAUGGAACAUUCAUCCAUUCGCGAAGAUGACGAAAGUUAUCAUAACAUACGCAAAGGCUCCAAUUCCGUUUCUCUUAGUCCCCAGGAAUAUGCUGAAAGGGUGCGUGAUCACUCAGAGACUUCUAUCAGCAAUUCGCUGUACUCUGGUCAACAAUACGACAACCUCGCUCGAUUCCUAUGGGAACCCUACGAACCAACCCAGACCAGAACAUUCCCGACACAAAGUCUACUAAAGAAGAGGGCUCGUGAUUUUGCGUGGCUAUACGAGCUUCGACCAGAUUCUCCGGCGUCUGCAAGUCCUCUUGCCCACGGUUCUCGUCCUGGCAAGCACCCGUCAAAUUCCGAAUACAACUGCCUACUGAUCCUGAGAGGUUACCCGUCAGCGCAAUGGCUCAAUGAGGUGGGAUCACAGUGCAACAUAGACCCGGAAUUCUUCCAUCGACACUUGUCCUUCCUGGUACGUGGUGCCGAGAAGCAUCAGCAUAUGUCGUUCGUGUUGCCUUCCUCUCAGCGAACGAUAUUCCAGAUGCCGUUGACAUCGGUUGGUCUGCAAGCAACAAACGCCGACCACUCCAACCUAUCUACAAAACGCGCAAAGGCUACCGCGGAGAUGGACACGUAUUUGCACAAUUUGCGAAUUGGCAUGGGUUGGGAGUGCGGCAAUUCUGUCGUUCGAUCAUUCACUGUUCAUGACGAGCAGCUUUUCAGUAUUGAGCAGAAGGUCACAGUUUACGUGUCGCGAAUCUACAAGGCUUCGGAAAGAUGGAUAGCCAUCAUAUGGUUUGAUUGUGGAGAUGAUUUGAGCCAAAGCCCUGAAGGCCCAUGGUUUGAGCCGUCCCGCUCAGGACUCCAUACUUAUUUCUGCCCUACGAUCCUCUUUAAACCGAACAUACCAUUCACAAACCACCAAAUUUCCAACCAAUAUACUGCCGAACCGUCAAGAUCGGCUGCCAGAGAUUUGGUGCACCAAAGCGCCAGCCUACUGUCAACAUGUUACGGGAAGUCGCUACAUCCUGCUACCAUGAGUCAGGACCCAUUCUACGCUCUGACGGAACUUUUCUCGUUUGUAUCCACAUCUGAGAUCACACUCCUCAACGCCAUCUCUGCAAAGCUCAACGACACUGAUACGGACCUGCUCGAUAUGGAUCCCACGGCAAUUUCCCGCGCCCAGAACAAGCUGCUACACUAUCGCAGAAUCUUAGAAGAGCAGUCGCACAAAAUAUCCGAAGUCCUGGCCUUCAUCAAGAAUCGAGAGCAGCUGAAAUGGCCACAAAGCCAAUCGAGCAAGGCUAUGAAUGCAUCAGCGCGCACCGAGCAGGAUUUCGAGUACCUGGUUGACCGCAACGUCUUACUGCAGGAGCGGUGCGAGCGUGCCCUGACAACAAUUAUGAAUAAUGCGAACAUUUCGGAAGCAAGAAGUGGGAUCUCCUUGUCACACAGGGUAUUCAAACUGACUCUCUUGGCUUCUGCCUAUGUCCCGCUGUCAUUCUCAACCUCGAUUUUUGGGAUGAACUUUUUAGAGUUCAAAGACCAUUCGCGGGGUUAUUGGGUGUGGGCAUUGGUUACCGUGCCUAUAUUGCUCGUUUCCUCCCUCAUUCUCUUCUGGGAUGGUGAUAAGAUGAGGCGAGGAGUCAAGAAAAUCCAAGCAACUGUCAUGGGAGGCUAGAUGGCAUAGGCAUUCUGAGGAUGAAUGUCAC